AGCAUCGAACCAGCAAGGAGGCAACACGAGCUUCGCUCCGGGAGCAAAGACCUCCGGCGGCGAUGGAGGCCGUGCACGUCUCUUCCGCCGCUUCCCGCCACUUCGCCGUCGCCGGCGCCGGCGCCGGCGCCAGCGCCGCGCAAACUCGCUCGGCGAACGGAGGCCUCCGCUCCUCCAAAUGCACGAGCCGUUCACCCAAACUUUGCUCUUCCUGGACCGGCUUCGGCACUUCGACUUCGCUCCGUCCGAGGAAUAUCUUCGCCAGAGAGAUAUGGGCUUUGGUGAACUCAAAGAGUGUUACUGUCGAGAGACAUAUGCGGAGCGUUGUUCGAGCUGAAAUGUUUGGGCAGUUAACUGGUGGCCUUGAAGCAGCCUGGAACAAGCUCAAAGGAGAAGAAACUUUGACAAAAGAAAACAUUGUUGAACCCAUGCGGGAUAUAAGAAGAGCACUUCUAGAAGCAGAUGUAAGCCUUCCAGUCGUUAGAAGGUUUGUGCAAUCUGUCAGUGACCAAGCUGUUGGUGUCGGCCUUAUCCGUGGAGUAAAGCCAGAUCAACAAUUGGUCAAGAUUGUCCAUGAUGAGCUUGUCAAAUUAAUGGGUGGAAAGGUUUCUGAACUGGCGUUUGCAAAAUCUGGCCCCACUGUAAUACUACUGGCUGGUUUACAAGGAGUAGGAAAGACCACUGUAUGUGCUAAAUUGGCUUACUAUCUAAAGAAACUGGGGAAGAGUUGCAUGCUGGUUGCUGGAGAUGUAUACAGACCUGCUGCUAUCGACCAACUUAUCAUUUUGGGUCAGCAGGUAGACGUGCCAGUUUAUUCUGCAGGAACUGAAGUUAAACCUUCAGAAAUUGCUAGGCAAGGUCUAGAAGAGGCUAAAAAGCAGAACAUAGAUGUGGUUAUAGUGGACACCGCUGGAAGACUUCAGAUAGACAAAGCGAUGAUGGAUGAGUUGAAAGAAGUGAAGCGUGCACUAAAUCCAACGGAAAUGUUGCUUGUUGUGGAUGCAAUGACUGGACAAGAAGCUGCAGCCCUGCUCACAACAUUCAAUCUUGAGAUAGGGAUUACUGGUGCCAUUUUGACGAAAUUAGAUGGAGAUUCCAGAGGAGGCGCAGCCUUGAGUGUCAAAGAGGUCUCUGGAAAACCAAUUAAACUCGUAGGACGGGGCGAGCGUCUAGAAGACCUGGAACCUUUCUAUCCAGAUCGUAUGGCGGGGCGUAUAUUAGGAAUGGGAGAUGUUCUGUCAUUCGUAGAGAAGGCUCAAGAAGUUAUGCGUCAAGAAGAUGCUGAAGAAUUGCAAAAGAAGAUAAUGAGUGCAAAGUUUGACUUCAAUGAUUUCCUGAAGCAAACUCGUGCUGUUGCACGAAUGGGUUCGAUGACUAGGGUCAUUGGGAUGAUACCUGGCAUGGGAAAGGUCACUCCUGCACAAGUUCGAGAAGCCGAGAAGAGCUUAAAGGUUAUGGAGGGAAUGAUCGAAGCAAUGACUCCUGAGGAAAGGGAGAAGCCAGAGCUUCUAGCUGAAUCUCUGGUUAGGAGGAAAAGAGUCGCUCAAGAUUCUGGAAAAACAGAGCAACAGGUGAGUCAAGUUGUUGCUCAACUCUUUCAAAUGCGCGUGCGGAUGAAGAAUUUGAUGGGUAUAAUGGAAGGUGGAUCCAUUCCUGCACUGAGCAAUCUGGAGGAGUCGCUUAAAUCUGAACAAAAGGCUCCCCCUGGGACUGCGAGGAGAAGGAGAAGAUCGGAAUCAAGGAGGCAAUUUGCAGACUCAGCAUCAACAAGGCCCGUGCCUCGCGGUUUUGGGGCCAAGUAAAUUUCAUUGCUCAUAGUUCGCGCCGCUACCCGGAUUCAGUUUUGAGUAAGUCAAGGAAGUAGUUCAUGAUAUCGCUCCUAAAACUGCCAUUGCCGGAAUGGAAUGAGGAUGGUUCUCAGGACACGUAGUCAUAGCUGUAAUACGGUAUUCUCUUGAGAGUUUCCCGAGUUGUUAUUGUAUCAUCUCAUCGAAUGAUUUUACUGAUAAAUUUUUUAGCGGCUGGCCCGUGAACUUACGUUCUAACAUGUAAAAAUGCGUAAAAAGAGGUCUCGUUGAUAA